AUGGACGCUGGCGCCUUGCGAACGGUUCCUAAUCAGACGGGCACACUGGUGCUCAGCGUCUUGGGCCAAGUCCUCUCAGCUACGGGCGAACUCUGCGGCACGUCUGGAGAGAUCGUAGCAGAGACGAUCUACUCGAUGCUGCAGGACUCGAGCAGUGUGCUGGACACGAGUCAGAAGGAAGAGCUGCAGCGCAUGAUCAUCACGUUCCCGACGCACGACUUUGUAGUGACGCUGGAUGAAGAACAGGUCUAUAUAGUCAAGCGCAACACGAUGGGGGACUAG